GUGAAUUAUUUGCAGGCAGAGAAGGUGGAAAAUGCAAAGGGUGACGCUCACGAGUGUAGGCCUCUGGGCCUGAAGUGGGCACAUCCCAUUCCUGUGCCUGAGACUGGGUGUGUCCUUGUGGCCACAGAGAAGUUGGAGGGUGUUCGCAGUUUUGAGCGAACAGUCAUUCUUCUCCUCAGAUGUGGAAACAGACAUCCGANUAAUUCCCCGCUCCACAAAAAGAUCAAGCAUAUGAAUCCAACCAAUCUUGACUUAGCAACUACUUUCUCUGAUUGCUCUCUACACUUUGGAGGGCCUGUUGAGGCGAGCAUGUUUUUGAUGAAAACAGGAGAAAAAUUGAAACUCCAUGGGUUUGAAGAAGUGAUCCCAGGCCUCUGCUUUGGCGCUCGAAACAGCCUUGAUGAAGCUGCAGUGCUGGUGAAGAAGGGAAUCCUUAAGCCUCAGGACUUCAGAUUCUUUGUGGGCUAUGCUGGGUGGCAACUGGAUCAAUUGAGGGAGGAGAUUGAAUCAGAUUACUGGCAUGUGGCUGCUUGUAGCUCAAAUCUAAUUAGUGGCGCCGCAUCAGAGGGACUCUGGGAGGAGAUUUUGCAGUUAAUGGGUGGUCACUAUUCAGAGUUGAGCAGAAGGCCCAAGCAAGAUAUGUAGCUACCUAUUUAUUUCAAGGAACACUCAAAAUUCUGAACUCAAAUGCGUAAUCUAAGUUAAGCUAAAAGCCACAAAAAGCUGGAAGCCAAAUGUACAGAAGUUAGCUCGCUUUUGAAAUUUAGAACACAUCAUCCCUUUCUAAGCA